UGUUGCCGGCGGCGCCCUCUGGACUGCAGGUCCUCAGGAUGGAGGACAACAACGUCACGUUGGCAUGGAAACCGGGAUUCAAUGGACACUCUGAGCUGACAACCUGCGUUGUCCAGCUGUCCAGGCGCUCGGUGAGGAGGUGGGAUCUCCCCCAGCAGGAGGUCCAGGUUCCUCCUCACCUGCACGUCCUCUCGGCUCUGAGGAGCCAUCAGAACUACAGCGUGAGGCUCUCCUGUCUGAACGAGGUGGGGGCGUCGCCUUUCUGCCCCUGGAUCCACUUCCAGACCCCGGAGUCAGUGCCGUCGGCGGCCCCCAGGAACCUGACGUUCGAGCUGUCGGAGCAGCAGCUGGCUCUCAGCUGGGCGGUGCUGCAGGAGGAGCAGCUGCAGGGACGUCUGAUCGCAUACAAGCUGCAGUGGAGCAGAGGAGGGGAGCCUCAGGAGCCUCUGCUGUUUAAGGAGAACUCGGCUCUGCUCUCAGGUGGAGGGCGUUUCUUCAACGCCUCCUUCCAGGUGUCGGCCUGCACGUCGGUGGGCUGCGGACCCUGGAGCCCCCCGGUGCUGGUGCUGCCCGCCUCAG